AUGUCACCCUAUGGAAAUGGAAACCUUUCAGCGAUGCCUUUGCAGGAGUUUGUACUGGAUGGAUUUCAGACCCAGGCCCUGCUCUUUGCUCUGUUCCUGGCCCUGUACGUGGUGGCCGUCCUGGGGAACCUCACCAUGAUGGUGGUCAUCACGCUGGAUGCCCGUCUGCACUCCUCGAUGUACUUCUUCCUCAAGAACCUCUCCUUUGUGGACCUGUGCUACUCGUCUGUCAUCUACCCCAAAGCCCUGGCCAACUUCUUUUCCUCCUCCAAGGUCAUCACCUUUGCAGGCUGUGCCACCCAGUUCUUCUUCUUCUCCAUGGUGGGCACCACUGAGGCAUUUCUCCUGGCCGUGAUGGCCUAUGACCGCUUCGUGGCCGUCUGCAGCCCCCUGCGCUACCCCAUCGCCAUGCGCCCCUCAGUGUGUGCCCGCCUGGUGUUGGGCACUUACUGUGGGGGCUGCCUCAACUCCAUUCUGCAGACCAGCUUCACAUUCAGCCUCCCAUUCUGCAGCUCCAACCACAUCGACCACUUCUUCUGUGAUGUGCCUCCAUUACUCAAGCUUGCCUGUGCUGACACUACCAUCAGUGAGCUGGUCUUGUUUGGCCUUUGUGGGCUCAUAAUUGUGGGCACCAUACUUGUGGUCCUCACCUCCUAUGGCUACAUCACAGUGACCAUCCUGAAGAUGCGCUCAGGAGGAGGGAGGCACAAGCUCUUCUCCACCUGCGGCUCCCACAUGACAGCUGUGUCCAUCUAUUAUGGGACAGUUUUUGUCAUGUAUGCCCAGCCGGGGGCUGUGCUGUCCAUGGAGCAGGGCAAGGUGGUCUCUGUCUUCUACACCCUGGUCAUCCCGAUGCUCAACCCCCUCAUCUACAGUCUGAGAAACAAGGAGGUGAAGGAUGCCCUGUGGAGACUGGGGCAGAGACACACAGCCACGUGA